GGAUAGAAAGAAGAAGCCCGAGCAGGUUCGCUGCUCAGCUGAAGCGAUGGAGCCUCAGCAGCACUGUUAUUAAACAUGGAUCUUUCAGCGCCGUCUCCUACCAACGCCUUGACCCAAACGGGAAACACUUGGAAGCUUCUUUCCCGACACAAUUCUGCCACCCAUUCUUAGAGCGCAAAGACACUGAUCUGAGCGAGCCAUUCUCUUUUAUUGACACAGGAGAGCAGUCUAUUUGUGGACACAAUCAAAAGAAAUAUCUUCUGAAGUACAAAUGAACUGUGAGCGCUUCCCGAGAGAGUCCACAUCAGUCUAACGGCAAGGACAAGGACAUCAGGCAUGCUCUGCUUCGUCGAGGACUUCCAACCAACAGACUACCAGAGAGGUUAUGCAUCCACACGGAAGCGAGUGAUGCGAAGACGACAACUGGCGUAAAAUGAUGUACACUUCCACGAUAAAAAGCACAAACCAAGCGACCAUGGAGACCAUGCCACAAGUUCAGCAUCCGCAAAUGUAAACAAAUCCAUCCAUGACGAGGCGACGGCUCAACUUAGUCUCUUUGCUUUGGAAUUGAAACCACAACGCUUCCUUAUUUCUUCAGCGAUGACUCGCAGGGAAGCGCCGAUGGCGUUCAGGUGGGGCGUGGCGACAAGGACUCUGCUUUGGUCUGCGGUCAUUGUGUAUUUCAGCCACGUGGGCCAAGUCAGUGCAGACUGUUGGCUAAUCGAAGGUGAAAAGGGCUUUGUGUGGCUCGCUAUCUGUAGCCAAAACCAACCGCCUUAUGAGGCCAUCCCACAGCACAUCAACAACACCAUUGUGGACCUUCGCCUGAACGAGAACAAGAUCAAAAGCAUCCACUAUUCAGCCCUAAGUCGCUUCGCCAACUUGACCUACCUGAACCUGACUAAGAAUGAAAUCUCCUACAUUGAAGAUGGCGCCUUUUCCGCUCAGUUUAACUUACAAGUUCUUCAAAUGGGCUUCAACAAGUUACGGAAUCUAACAGAGGGGAUCCUUAGAGGUCUCGGAAAGCUGCAGUACCUCUACCUCCAGGCUAACCUGAUAGAGACUGUGACACCCAAUGCCUUUUGGGAAUGCCCCAACAUCGAGAACAUCGACUUGUCCAUGAACCGCAUUCAGCAACUGGACGGUUCCACGUUCACAAGCUUGACUAAGCUGAGUACAUGCGAGCUUUACACGAAUCCCUUCAACUGUUCCUGUGAAUUACUGGGAUUCGUGAAGUGGCUUUCCGUGUUCCCCAACAGAACCAACGAGCGAAUGGUCUGCGAUUCCCCGAGCGGCGUAUCUGGUUAUAGUCUACUCAGCCAGAACCCGAACAACCCCACGUAUCGGAAUGCUCUUCACAUGCUCACCACUGUGUGCACCGACGAUUACGUCACACCGUUUUUCCCACUUCCCCUCGAACCCACAACACCUCCGCCGGACUUUACACUUUGCGGUUUGGAGGACUGUCCAUCCGGGACAGAACCGGACGACAUCAUUCCGAACAACAUCAGUACAACAAACAACGAAGUGGAAGCUAACCCUCUUAUGAAACUGAAGCAAGUGUCCAACACGGGCGCCACCAUCACGGUCCAGAUUCCGUAUCCGUUUAAAAAGAUGUACAUCCUGGUUUUGUACAACAACAGUUUUUUCAUGGAUAUCCAACCCUUGAAUGAAAUAAAGCAGGACAUCGAUCUUAAGAACCUGAAACCUCACACAAACUACACGUACUGCGUUGCUUCUAUCCGGAACUCGCUGAGACACAACCACACUUGUCUGACAAUCACCACCGGGCCCUGGAAGGGCAAGUCGAGGGACUCGAACAACGCAACUGCCACUCAUUACAUCAUGACGAUAUUGGGCUGCCUCUUCAGUAUGGUUAUCUUUCUCGGGGUGGUUUACUACUGCUUGCGACGGAAGCGGCAACAAGACGAAAAGCACAAAAAAGCAGGAAGCCUGAAGAAGAACAUCAUGGAGCUGAAGUAUGGACAAGAACUGGAAGGGGGGACGAUUUCCCGUAUGUCCCAGAAGCAGCUUCUAUCCGGGGAGAGCAUGGCGGCACGUAUGCCGUACCUACCCCCGAGUGAGAUGGAGCAGUACAAAUUUCAAGAAAUAAGCGAAACUCCUAAAAUGAUGAAGGGAAGUUAUAUGGAAGUUCGAAGCCUGGACCACCAUGAACGCAGGGAAUGCGACAUGGGAAUGGCCGGGAACAGCCAAGGCUCCGUGGCAGAGAUUUCCACAAUCGCGAAAGAGGUGGAUAAAGUCAACCAGAUCAUCAAUAACUGUAUCGACGCUUUGAAGUCGGAUUCCACUUCUUAUCCGGGGGUUCGAUCCGGAGCGGUGUCCAACGCGGAGCCCCAGUUGGUGCUCAUAUCGGAGCAGCCGCAAAACAAAUCGGGACUUCUGUCCCCUCCGUAUCAGGACAGCUACCACCAUUCCCUGCAGAGACAUCGUUCCUCGGACGCAUCGCCGAAAAGGCCCAGCACUGCCUCAGGAAUGCGAAGCCCCAGGCCUUACCGCACGGAAUCCAGGUACAUCGAAAAAACCUCCCCGACGGGGGACACCAUCCUCACGGUAACGCCCGCCGCCGCUAUCCUGAGAGCGGAAGCGGAGAAAAUCCGUCAGUACGGCGACCACCGCCACUCUUAUCCCGACGCUCAGAUCGAAGAACUGGAAGGACCCGACGGCAUCAAGUCGCCCAUGCUGGAGUCUCUCUCUCACUCUCGUUCUAGAGACUUGGCGUACUCCCAGCUGCCAUCGCAGUACCACAACCUGAGCUACUCGUCCAGUCCCGAAUACUACUGCAAACCUUCGCACAGCAUCUGGGAGCGCUUCAAGUUGCAUCGUAAACGGCACAAAGACGACGAAUACAUGGCGGCGGGACACGCGCUACGCAAGAAGGUACAGUUUGCAAAGGACGAGGACCUGCAUGAUAUUUUAGACUACUGGAAAGGCGUCUCGGCUCAGAAUAAAUCAUAACCUCCUUAGGUAUUUUUAAUCAUGGACUUUGAAGAUAUGAAGAUAUAUAACACAAGAACCUCAUCAGACUAUCCAUGAAUGGAUUCUUCCACACUCAAAAUCACACAUGUUGUCUUUUGUCUGUGAGGUGGUGGGGGGGAUCUUUAAAAUUUGUCAUAUUAUGUAAAGAAUCUAUUAAAGAGAAAACAUACAAUAAUAAUAAUAUAUAUGUUACAAUGAAUUAUAGGUUUUUUGGAUAUCGCAUGGCCAAGUCCUGUGGAAGUGGAUUUGCUGUUGUGUAAUAUGAAAACUAUUCUAUGAAACUUGUUUACUGAAACCUCUUUUUUUUUUUAAUCAGGACUAUUUUAUUUUAUUUAAAUUUUUUUAUUUUAUUUUAAUUUUAUUUUUUUAAAUUUUAAUUUUAUUUUAAUUUUUUUUUGCUUUUAAAAUAAAAAUCCCUGCAUAUGUUUAGUUUCGAUACAAUGUACAGAUACGGUUGUGUUUAUUUACUUGGCUGUCCAGAGUAAAUAUGGUGUAUAAGCCACUACUUUUUUUUCUUAAACAUUGGCAAUGCUGUUUGUUCACCAGAGGGAGGCUGAUAUCAUCGCAGUGCCCCGGCCAGCCAUAACCAAUGAAAUGCUUUGCUAUGACAAAGUGCAUUAUAUGAAAAAUAAUUUUUUUGCCCCUCUUGAAGUCAGUUUUUAUUGUUUUCUGGACUUUUAUACUCAAGAUGUUUUUUUUAUUAUUAUUAUUAUUAUUAUUAUUAAAUCACAUGUAUGAAGGUUUCAUUCAUCAGACUCACAAAAAAAAUUCUAAUUUUAUGACCAAAGUAGAAAAACUGUUUACAAUAUUCCUGCACGGUCUGGGAAUGGUAUGAGCAUUUUUUUUCCCAAAAAUAUUUGUAUCCUCUCCUUGGAUAGUGAAAUGAUUAUACGGGAAUUGGGCUAUGGGAAUAAUAUCUCAUAGAAAAAAAUAGAAGGACAAUGACGGCACUUCCCUGCUAGCGAGCCCGAUGGAUGAAUGUAACAUAAAAAUGUGUCGAUGGCAGCUUUUAUGUAUAUUUUACAGGAGUAUUUAUAGGAUAAAAUAAUGUUUUUUUUUCUCUUUGCUUCCAGUGUAUUAUACUGCAUCAUGUCUGACGUCAAGGUGGGGGGGGGAAGUAGUUUAAUACUCCGAUGGGCCUUGUGUUGCUUGCUGAAAGGUUUCAUCUUUUUGAAUAAAACUGUGAGGCUGUUACGUCCUUUUGUACAUUACGGCGUUUAAUUACCGAACGGACGGACGGACAUCAACAUGCUAGAGUUCACACUUGAGAAUGUGAUUCCUCUGACUUACUGGCUGUGAAUUUGUAUAUUAUGAAUUUUUUUUUUGGCAGUAUAUUGUGAGGCUUAUAACGUGUCAAAAGGAUGUUUACAGAGCGUAUUCCACGCGGGCUCAAAAGAGUGGGGGCUUCAUUGUAUAUUUAUGAAUGAGCAAUACACAAAUGAAUGUCAGCUCAGCGACACAAUGCUUUAGUUAAGCUUCACAUGGCUACACAAAGAUGUGCAUUAUUGUCUGUUUAAGUCCACUCCAACAGUGUGGGUGGGGGGGGGGGGGUCACUCUUAACCAGAUGGUUGCAUUACAUGUUUACAACAAUUCAACAUAUCCAGAAAACCACAACACCUCAGUGCCGGGAAGCACUCAUGCAGCCCCAGACCAUGAUGCUACCACAUAGACAGUAGGUGAGUGUUUUUUGGAUGUUGCAUUUAGGGCUGCAACGGUACGCCGUCGUCAUGGUUCGGUUAAUCAUGGAACAAAAUGCAAUGAUGCGUUGAUAAAUAAAGUUGUGAAAUAAUUUUAAAUUUUACCUUAAUUUAUGGUGUAUAAGCCACUACUUUUUUCGUAAACAUUGGAAAUCCUGCUUAUUCACCAGAGGGAGGCUGAUAUCAUCGCAGUGCCCCGGCAGCCAUAACCAAUGAAAUGCUUUGCUAUGACAAAAUGCAUUAUAUGAAAAAGUUAAACUGGUAUUGGUACUUGUAUAUUUCUUAGCUAGCUUUCGAGUGUUAAGUUGCUGCGUGCUGACUUUAGUGUUCCACUGCAGCCAUUACCAAUGAAAUGCUUUGCUAUGUCAAAGUGUAUUAUGGGAAAAAGUUAAACUGGUAUUGGUACUUGUAUAUUUCUUAGCUACCUUUAGAGUGUUAAGUUGCUGCGUGCUGAAUUUAGUGUUCCACUGCAGCCAUAACCAAUUAAAUGCUUUGCUAUGGUAAACUGCAUUAUAUGAAAAAGUUAAACUGGUAUUGGUACUUGUAUAUUUCUUAGCUACCUUUUGAGUGUUAAGUUGCUGCGUGCCGACUUUAGUGUUCUUUUUAAGAUGGCACCAGGAAUCAGACGGUUUUAUCAAGUUUUAUAUGACGAUUUGGGAAAUUAAGGAAAAAGCAAAACAGGGGAAAAAAGUAAAGACCAAAGUACACAAAGCUGACAUGAAGGGGCUUUAAAAAAAAAUAUAUAUAUAUAACUACAUUAAUUAUUAAUAAAUAUCAAAGUACCCCUUGCAUUGUUUCAUUGCAUUUUUCAGUAUGUGGCAGUCGGUGGAAAAGGUUUGGACACCCGCAAUGUUCGUUAUUAUUUCACCAGGAAGGUUGAGUGUUCCCAAACAGAAGAGGUUGCUAGCAUGAAUCCUGCUUUGCCAAAAAGGCUGGGCUGCACCGUAUUCCUUUACAGCAUAGAUGCAUGACGACAUUACAAGACAGUUCGAUUUCCUGUCCCUCGCUUGAUGUGUACCGCGUGGGAACUCGAUACAGAUUUCAAAUCCAUGCAGCGUUAUACCCCGAGUUGGAACCCAUCAUGAAAGGGAUUACUUGUUAAAGUAGGACAUCAGUGUACAAGUGUUUGGAUUAGCGGUGUUUGUUGUGUUUGUGUGUGUGUGUGUGUGUGUGUUUGUGCUUUAUUCAUUCAUGUGAAAUGAAGCAUCCGUGAGCCUGACGUGGUUUGCAUCCCGUAAACACCCUCGCCACGCGUUAGCUGGACUCGAUACAGUGUUUCAAUCGCCUUAAGAUUUUUGAAAUUGUUGUGUACAAGUGUAAAUUUCAUUUGUUUUCUUUCCAACACAUUUUUUUUUCCAUUUUUUAAAUUCUCAAAAUUUUCGUGGGAGUUUCUAGUUCAUUUAUAGCUACUUAUCGACAUGUUUUUUUUAUAUAUAUACUGCAUAUUGUAGCACUUGUGUAUUAUAAAAAAAAAAUUGGUGAGUGACAAAGCCUUUAGGAACAUCAACAGUUGUUCAAGUGCAUCAAAAACAAACAAGAGCACAAAAGUUGUUUUUUUUUUAAACUUCCUUUCAUUUUAUUUCCUAAUACUAUGUAAUCUGCUUUCAGACAAAGUACUGUGAAAUAAAGUUAAGGGUGCACAAAAAAAAGUAUCGGUAUCAUUAUUAUCAAGCCUGUGAGCUACUUUGAAUUGAUGAGGUACAGUCGUCCCUUGCUACAUAAACAAUAAAUACUACUAAUAUGUAAUGUUCUAGUUACUAGGCAUCAUUAAAGUUACAUUGAUGAGAUAUUACCUUAGUUUAAAUUACCUUAACAGUGCAUCAAAACAAAUAAAGGUCCUCCCAUUUUGUGUGGAAGUGGUAAUUUCUUGGCUUUUUCCUUUGUCUUUCUUCCCCACUCUGAAAUCCUUUAAGUUUAGAACAAAUCAAUUGGAAGCUAAAUGGUUAGCUUGAUAGCCUGCUACGUAUAUGCUAUGCGAGGCGGUCGUCUGUUUUGUCCCUGCACCGCAUUAGCCCGGCGCAAUGUGGCGUAAACAAAUAAUAUGAAUAGUAAAGGUGACUAUAGGGGUGUUAUAUCAUGGAUACAGGGCUCUAAUAAUGUUAAAAACAUAUUUAUGGCAUCAAACAGAACAACAUACUUGCUCACGGUGC